AACUUCUCCACUUCCAUUUCCAGCUGUCCCCUUUCCGCCCACGCAGCGGCUCACUCUGAAGGAGGUGUUUGAGGACGGGAAGCCUCGGCUCGACGUCCUCAAGAGCCACUUGGUGAAGGAAGGGCGCCUGGAGGAAGAUGCGGCGCUCAAGAUAAUCAACGACGGGGCUGCCAUUCUCCGGCACGAGAAGACGAUGAUCGAAGUGGAGGCUCCCAUCACAGUGUGCGGUGACAUUCACGGGCAGUUUUUUGACCUGAUGAAGUUAUUUGAAGUUGGAGGCUCACCCAAUAACACCCGCUACCUCUUCCUGGGAGACUACGUGGACAGAGGCUACUUCAGUAUAGAGUGCGUGCUGUAUUUAUGGAGUUUAAAGAUAAAUCAUCCCAAAACAUUGUUCCUCCUUCGAGGGAACCAUGAGUGCAGGCACCUCACAGAAUACUUCACCUUUAAGCAGGAAUGUCGAAUCAAGUAUUCGGAGCGCGUGUAUGAUGCAUGCAUGGAUACGUUCGACUGUCUUCCUCUUGCUGCCCUCCUAAACCAGCAAUUCCUGUGUGUCCAUGGAGGACUGUCUCCAGAAAUCACAUGUCUAGAUGACAUUAGGAAAUUAGACAGGUUUAAGGAGCCUCCAGCCUUUGGUCCAAUGUGUGACCUGCUGUGGUCUGAUCCAUCAGAGGAUUAUGGCAAUGAGAAGACACUGGAGCAUUUCACCCACAACACUGUUCGAGGCUGCUCCUAUUUCUACAGUUACCCUGCAGUUUGUGAAUUUUUGCAGAACAAUAGUUUGUUAUCUGUGAUCCGAGCUCAUGAAGCCCAGGACGCCGGGUACCGAAUGUACAGGAAGAGCCAGACAACAGGCUUUCCGUCAUUAAUCACAAUCUUCUCUGCACCAAAUUACCUAGAUGUCUAUAACAACAAGGCUGCUGUACUGAAAUAUGAAAACAACGUCAUGAACAUCAGGCAGUUCAACUGUUCCCCUCAUCCCUACUGGCUUCCAAACUUCAUGGAUGUCUUCACAUGGUCUCUGCCUUUCGUAGGGGAAAAGGUCACAGAAAUGCUCGUUAACAUCCUCAACAUAUGCUCCGAUGAUGAGUUGAUUUCAGAUGGUGAUGAGACCUUGGAAGGUGGGACAACAGUCCGUAAGGAGAUCAUCAGGAAUAAGAUCAGAGCCAUUGGGAAGAUGGCACGAGUCUUCUCGGUCCUUCGGGAGGAGAGCGAGAGUGUGCUGACCCUCAAAGGCCUGACGCCCACGGGCACCCUGCCCCUGGGGGUGCUCUCAGGGGGCAGGCAGACCCUGCAGACCGCCACAGUAGAAGCGGUAGAGGCCCGGGAAGCCAUCCGGGGCUUCUCGCCGCAGCACAAGAUCCGCAGCUUCGAGGAGGCGCGCGGGCUGGACCGCAUCAACGAGCGCAUGCCGCCCCGCAAGGAUUCCAUGCACGCCGACGGGCCCGUGAACUUGGUAACCGCCACAAACUCUGCGGACAAGAACGGCACGGGCAAGAAAGCCCCGUAAUGCUCCCCGCGCCCCAUCGGCACCACUAAAGGAUCCAAAACUUAAUGAAUUUUAUUUAUUUAUUAUGGGGGUGGGGUGGGGGCAGGGGAGAAACCAACUUCACCUGGAGGCACGUUCAUAAUCCAGUUUGCAUCCAUUCUGUAAGAAAGGUGACCAUUUUGUAAUUUUUUUAUUUAUGUCCAAUAUAUAAAAAGUCCAUCUUUUUUUUUAAUUUAGAUACCAAUCUAACUGCUAGUGCAUAUAUGAAGUCUUGUGCUGUACAGCCGCCCUCCCCUCCGCGAGAGGCAGAGCUCGGGGGGGACUAAACGAAACGAGAGCCGUCGCAGGCCGCUGGGCCCCGACUUGGGUGCCGGCCGGAGCCGGGCCGGGCUCUCCGGGCACCUCGUGCCGUCCCCACUAGGGUUGGUUGGUUGUUCUUCCUCUCCCACCGUUGUCUUCUCCCCACACUCUGCUGUUGUUUCCUUCAGCCUCUCGGCGCCCGCUCCGUUAGCGCCCGGCUCUGGGGAAGGCACCCGGCACCACUCCGAGGUUGCACCCCGGCGGCUGCACCGCGGCUCUCCCGGGUGUUAUCCCGCGGGAGCAGCUUUUCCUGCAGGAUGAGGGUUCCGGGUGGGGGGCACGUUCUCCCCCCCCGGGCUGCAGCUCCUUCCACAGCUUCAGACUUCCAAGGCAGAGUGGGGCUGGCCGCUCCGCAGGCCUCCCCCGGGAAUCCUGCUGAUUCAGAGCACAGGAAUGAUCUCCCAUCUUUGGGAAUUGAGCUGGAGGAAGCAGCGGGGAGAUUCCUGUUGUGGAUCCCUGUGCGUGGCCGCGGUGGUGCCUCCGGUCCCCCAGCACGAGCCUUUCUCCCAGGGUCUUCCUCCUUGCACCCCCCCAGGUGUCUGGCGGCCGCUCAGGAGCCUCCGUGUUGGGAAGGCCGCCGGGAAGGGGCAGGUUGGUGCGGAGCGGAGCCUCCAACAGCACCCGGGACAGGGCAGCACAGGACCCCCUUGGGUCCCAGCUCCCUUCCCCAUGUUCGGGCUCCAUCCCUGUCGCCCGGAGCUGCCGCGCAAGGGAGCGGAGCCUUGGGAAGCAAAUCCCGCUCCUUCCGCGCAGGCGCCAGGGAAGCAGCAGCUCGGCAGCAUCCUUCCCCCACUCCCCAUCAUCCAUUCCUUCACUCCAGGCCCGCUCCAUAGGGCCCCAUCCCAGAGACGGGGUUCCCGCGGGACACUGUCCCUGCCUCCACCUUCCCCUUUUUUUCCCCCCCUUUUUUCACCCACCGCUUUGCAAACAAAACAAGCGCCCGCUGUUUGGAACCAGCUUCGCGGCCGGGGGCCGCUUCCCGUUGCCUGUGAGUAUUUCUCCCGUUUUCCCCCCGUUUCUUCCGGCAUCCCUUCCGCAUCCCCGCGGGCCGAGCGCACCCUUGCAUGCCAGGGCUUGUCGU